CCUCGGUUCCCUUCCCGACGCCUGACGGCUGCUCGGUCCUUUCGCCACGACCGGCUGAAGCGCGCGGAGGAGCGCCGGAGAAGAUCGCCUCUCGCCCCCGCCAACCCCCGACGCACCAUGACGCUGAAAUCCGAGCGGAGCGGGGACAGCGGCAGCAUGAGGACGGCGCUCUCGGACCUCUACCUGGAGCACCUGCUGCAGAGCAAGCCCAGGGUCGAGACGGUCUCUUGCCCAAUGAAUGCAAUAACUGAGGACCUUUACGCCAAUGGCUCAGCCAAGAACGGUAGCCUCACUCACGCCAACGGACACGAGUUGCGGAAAAUACGCUUAAUCCAGUUUGAGAAGAUCACGGAGGAGCCCAUGGGUAUCACUCUGAAGCUCAAUGAGAAGAAAAGCUGCAUGGUGGCCAGGAUCCUCCAUGGGGGCAUGAUUCACAGGCAAGGUUUCCUUCACGUGGGCGAUGAGAUUCUCGAGAUCAAUGGGAAGAGUGUGGCCAACCAUUCUGUAGACCAGUUGCAGAAGAUCUUGAAAGAAAUCAAGGGAACGGUCAUCCUAAAGAUCAUUCCCAACCAGCAGAACCGCAUUCUGCCACUUCAGGUGGGUAGAACAUUUUUAAUUAGCAGUUUUACUAUGAGGUGAUUUUGUUUUCCAAAA